AAGGUAUGUUCCUUUUGACACUAUAGGAACAGAGGCGUUUUGUAGUUUUUACCGAUUUACCGAAUUUUCACUAUACACUGGCGAGAAAUUACUUGGUUGAUAAGCAAUUUACAUAACAGACUGCGGCGGAUUGUUCUCAUCCAAAAACUGUAACGAAGCGCUGAAGAAUUUGGUCACGGUGGACUCCAGCUGAGUCAUUGAGUCAAUGUAACUUAUGGGAACGAAAGAGAGAAGUAUAGGAGUAAAAUAUAUGGAGGGCUAUCUUGAGUUCAAGGAAUCUUCCAAGGUAAAUAAUGGCUCUUGUUGUCGUUAUGUUUACAAUUUUACGGUGCUUUUGUUGUCUCGUAAGCUGUUGUCUCCGUAAUUUUGUUUGCUCGCCCGAGGUUAGAAAAAAACCCAUCGGAUUAGUUGCUUUAUGAAUACUUAGAUAACAACGAUGUUCAUUUUAGUUCGAAAGCGUUUCUAACGAUGGACAUUCUGCGGGCGAUUGACCAACUUGUGCAUCAGUAUUGUGAUGCUUUUUCCAUCCGACGAAAGAAUAUGUUAUUGUAUUGAUCAUUAUCGCUAUUGGGAGGAAACAGUCUGAAAGCACGCUCGCGUAACAAUUUUGAUAUGCGGGCUGGAGCAAAGCGAUACAUUCUAAUCACGCGAUAUUAACAAAAGUUUUGAAAAUUCUGAUCGAUUUCGAGAAGGUGUCUGGUUCAAAAUAAAUUUUUUGUCAUAUGGUAACGAAGGAUGAGUUAUUCAGCUCUGACUGUUGAAAAGUCACGUUCACAUAGUUUGGACGAUUAACAAAUGCCUUGCAAAGAGUUUUAGAUUACGCCACAUUGUUCAAAGCCCUUGAAUUUUUUAAGCAAUGUACAUUUGUUGUUCAUAAUAUCCUGAAACUAUCGACACAUAACAUGAAAAUUGGAACGACCAUGUAUUUCAUGCCUUUCAAGCAAAUGUUUCAGCAAUGCAUACUAAAAAAUCGAAUAAUCAGUUAUGUCUGAUGAAAUCUACGUUGAAGCGUGACAAGCUUAAUGGUUUUUUUUUCUUCUCCACAUUGGGAAAAGGGGCAAACAACUGGAUUUGAAAUGGCGGAUAAAUCCCCUCGGAAAUAGAUGUAUUGUUAUUGCACAAUGCUUACGUUUUGUGUCAUUGUCGGUAAUUAGUUAACUAGGUCCUAUCUCAGAGAUGAAGCGGACAUUGAUCAAUAUUCGAAAGACAAAGGUACGACAUCACCCCUCCCCCGCAGUUUAUUAUAAUUGUCGGAGAGAAGACUGGGUGGUUGUUAGGUUUCAGCGCGUGAUAUUUGUCUUAGAGAGCCUAGUGAGAAUAAAUUUGCUUUGUAUCGCGGCGAAGAAGUUUGUGUUUGGUAAACACUACCGUGAAGGUUUCAAACCAAGUUUGAAGUUGGUGAUUGAAUUCUAAGGACAUCAACAGGUAGCUACAGGUGAUUUACCAUGAAAUAAUGCUGGUUUGAGAGCGUGAGGCAUUCCGGCGGUCGGAACGACUGAUUGAUCAUAGUUCAUUUAGGAUUAGCUCAGGCUUGCCAAAGCCAAACUCUUUUAGACUUAAUUGAAUUUCUGUCGCAUUCAUCGUAAUUUGCUGAUCGGUUACUUACUUAAGCUCUCAAUUCAGGUUUCGCUCAGAAGUUCGUGACAAUUGUACCAAACCAUGGUGUUUUAGAUCCGUGAUCUUUAGAGUGCGCAAAUUCCGCGAUGACUUUGAAACGCGCAUGGAAGCCGCACUCAAUCACGUCUUGUUGAUGAAUCACUGGCGUAGUAUUUCGAUUAGGUGGCCAAAAAUAAUCUAAUGGGAAUCUCAUGAUCACCAUUUUCAAUAAGUUAUGUACAUAACACACUUAUUUAGUUUUGGCGAACUUUUAGCUGUUCUUUUGCUUUUGUGCCUUUUCAUUUCCGGAUUGGAUUGCGACACACUGUAAGGAAAAUCUGAAGAUCGGAAGUUCGAAAUGUGAUGUUUUUCUGUCUGCCGAAUGCCGGAACUUCGCUGGCAAGUCUUGUAGAUUUCAGUGUCUAGUUUGUUCAGUAUUUUAACACAUGAAAGGUCUCUUCAUUUUGUGAUCACCUGAAAAUACUGAAUGCACUGUUUUAAAUUCAUCUCACGUAUACGUGAGAUUAGCUAGAUUAAUUUGUUGCUCAUUGUUAUGACCAAAAUUGACCACCAGUAAAAUUAUAAGUUUCACGUUAAACAUUUUAAGCCGAUGGCACAAGAUACAAAAGCAAACUUGAGCGAAGUUAAAAGAGUCCUUUAGCAUAGUGUGCACUUUUGACAAGCUAAAAUGUUAUGAGGACUCAAACCUCAAAAUGUCAUGCUUACUUUGGCAUUGAAUAACAUUCCACUUAGAAUUUCCAUUUUGUUAUUGCUAGCUGCACGAGGUUCCUUAUCUCGCAUUAGGCUUGUCCUUUGCUCAUGCUGAGAAGUUCAAGGUUUACUGUUUGCUAACAAACUAUCUUAUUUCAGUAACUCUUAAGCUAGGAAGCGUAGCUGUGAUUGUAAAAAGAAAUUAUUAUUGAAGGGAUGUGAAUGACUAGUCUUCCGACUGUGUAGAAAACAAACUCUUGAAGUCACUGUUAGUAAUGUUUAUUAAACGAUGCGGAAAACAAUACGGAAAACUGAUACUUUAAUUGCAACCUCAGAGAGCAUGCAGGAUACGAGGGUCACAAACACAAAUAUUUUCAAAUUUUUACUAAAAUAUUCAAGUAUGUUACGUUGAAAAGAAAUAUAAUUUUCUAAAGGGUGCCGUUGGUGCCUGUUAAUUUAGGAGGGCAAAUUUUAUAUGCGAUACUAAUGCAAGAAGAAAGAUGAAAGUCAUUAGAAGAAAUUUGAUUAUCACCUACUAUCUGGUUCUCUGAAUCUUAGAAAGAUAACAGGAAAAUUAAUUAGUGUCUGUUGGAGAAUAGAUUAGCUGGUAUCUAUUUCACAAGUUGAAUUCGCCCAUCGUGUCUCCACAUCACAAUUCCUUUACUUGAAACGAAAAGCUAUCAAUUCUCAACUUUAUUGCAAUAAGAACCGGCAAUUCUUGGUAGUAUGUGAAAAGGUAACAGUUUUCCAUUCCUAGAGUUGAUUUGUUUAUAAAUGAUAUCAAUGUGCUCAAGUUUAACGGCUCGUUUGCUUGUCCUAUUUAAUGCUGGUUUGUUCAGUGAAGUUCCGUGUCCUUUCUUCACUAAUAUAUUUUAACUGAUUGUCAUUGUUGUUACACAGUUAAGGAUAAAUUGUCUUUAAACCUUGAGAUAUAUGCUUUGGGAAUUUGUCAUAUGUAGCGUUGUUUGAUUAGCCAGUCGCCAGUGCUUUGCCAUAACUAUCAAGUGCAAGAACGUUGUUUGGCUAAAAUGGCAGCAAAGUUAAUGAAGCCUUGUCAAGCAUGCUUCAACAAGCUUUCCUUCUAAUUGUGUUUUACUUUGAGGUAUUAAACGUAGCUUUCUUUAAUCAUGUGAUAGGAUUUAGUUCAUUAAACAAAAGCAAAUAUUGCAAAAGCACCAAAACAAAAGCAAAUAUUGCACCUAGUAGAUGACAACUGUACUUUGCCCAUAAUAUAAAUACACUUUUUCCUUGGUGUUGUCUAGAUUUUCAUGUAUUUUUUACAAAAUGUUGAGUUUUUACAUUAUUUGAAGAACAAUUUGGGAAAUGAUCACUUUGAUCACUUCAACAAGCAUUUAAUUUAUUUAAAGUGAGUUGAGCAGCUCUCAAAAUGUGGUUUAUCUAUAAGCCAACUUGACAGGAACUUAAGACUGCAUCCGGCAGUAUCAUAACCCUACAUAAUUGCUAGUACAGGGGGUCUUUAGGAAAAAGUUUGCUCAACAGAUUACAGGAGCUACAUCAUAAUCUUUCAGCUGUUUUUUGUGCAGUAUAAAACUAUGCUCAACUUGAAAGCAGCUAAAAAGUGUUAGUUUUGUAAACCAAGAAGGCCUGAGGGUGAAGAUGGAACAGAUAAAAAAUAUUGCAAAUGCAAAUUUGAAAUAAGGAAUGACUGGAUAAUUUUUUUAAAGAUACUCAGAAUUAAAUAAAGCUCCUGUAGGUCAGCUUUUCCCCAAAAAACAAGUGAAUUGAAUGUGCAAUUUUAACUCUAAACAGAUCAUAUUUUUUUACAUUUUGUAUGACUUUUAAAACUGUACACAUCAGUAAUUUUGUUGCACUAUUUUUGCAGUGGAUAAAUUACUGGGUUGUAUUACACGGAUUCAAGUUGUGUUUCUUCAAGAAUGAAAACACAAACACAAAUUUAAAAGAAAAUGUAAGUGGUGUUCAUUAUUAUGUCUUGUAAUAAGUAUAUGUGCUAGAAUUGGUCAAUUUAGUAGUCCAUACUACUGUAUGGCCUGCUAAAUUCAAAGGUUUAUUUGAAUUUAAAUCUUCUCCUCCUAUAUGAACCCAGAGAUACAAUAAGUACCUUAUGAACCUCAUUUUCUAGGUCUGUACUGUAAGUUAUAGACCAAGUGUUUUUUCUGCUCAGAUUUAUGACCUGUGUGCUUUAUGGUUGGGCCAGAAAUCCAAGCAAGAAAAAAAGUCAGUCUGCAACUUACAACACAUGUUUAGCAGCUAGAGGGGAGAAUUAAUGACCAGGGUUAGGACCAUGAACAAAACUUAAUUGAUAAAGACUUUAUCUUUGGCACAUGGUGGCCAAACAUAUGCCUCCAAGUGGGCAACUUUUGUUCCAAAUUUAGUAGCCCAAAAAUAGAAAAUUGCACCUCACCAUGUUGAUGAAAAUGGUUGCGACUUAGAGCAUUUUGACUGCAGUUUUAAUUCACUACUGAGCAGUACAAGUACCCUUCCAUCAUUAAUUGCAGUAAAGAGGGGGGCAUUGGGGCCUAUUAGAAACCACAAAACUGUAGAAAAAUUAUCCAAAAUUGUAAAAAAAACAAAAAAAAUUUGAUCAAAACCGAAAACCACAUGCAAAACUGUCGCAAGUGAUACAUUUUCACAUCCCAGUUAUUAAAACCCUGAUCAAUUAGUUACAAUGGUGACAAGUGGAGCGUACAGAGUAAACUACACUAAUUUCAUUACAUGAUUUAUGACUGCCAUAGACUUGGCAUUCGUAUUUUCUAGUAUCUGCUUAAAUUAACAGCUGCUCUCUCAAGGACCAUGAGCGUGGUCUCUGCGGACUCCACAGCUGGUUUAAUUAAGGAAAUUCGCACGAAAGUCCUCAAUAGGAUUGCAAUUUUGCAGUCACAAAAAGCUAUAGCUCUGGAAAGUCUCAUCGAAAAUCCCUAAUCUAACACUUCCAUUUGCAAACUAAGACCUGAAAGUUUGGAGAUUCUAUUGGAAUCAAUCAGUCACAUGUGGCCUGUAACUUGGUCACCAACUUCAAGGUGGCAUUGAUAAAGAAACUCUGGCAAUGUUCCAUGCUUAGCUGUACCCUACAUGUAGCUAUAGCCUCCUCUCCUGCCCCCACCUUGGGGGAGGGGGAGUGUAUGGCUACACAUAGGCCACCUAGGGAUCCCUGUGAUAUUUCAAUUGGUUUGUCACCUAUUCCUCUUGAUAACAUUUGCAUCUAGUGGCUAUUCAAGAUCAGUGGAGGCCUGUAAUUGCUGCUCAGAUUGAAGAGAAACCAGAACCCAAAUAGGUCAGAUAGGAAAGACCGAAAACCACAUCAGAUAUCAAAUCCAAGAAUGUGUUGGUAUUUUUUGCGAAAACUGAAAACCAAAUGCUAAAAAACUGAAAAUCUGCAAACCACAAUAAACACCAAAGCCAAAAAACAGAAAAACCAAUCUAAAAAAAGCCAAAACCACAAAACUGAAAAUCCCAAUGCCCCCCUCAGUAAGGGUUACUGUCAAUGGCAAAACAUACAUUUCUGAUCAUAUCAGCCUGUGUAAACUACCCAUGGAUAAACAAUAACAGUCACAAAUACGUUUUAUUACUCUCCUUUUAGCAGAUUAAAUGCAAUAUUGAUAUUGCAAACUGUAGCUUUUCUAGUGGUAAAACCAGCAAAGACAAGUUUGAAUUUGAACUCAAAGCAGACCGCAAGAAGUACUUAUUUAGGGUAGGUACAAAAUGCACACAUUCCUGUGUUGACAAGCAAGAAAUUACGCUUAAUUGUAAGUUGUGAUUAAUGUAUAGCAAAUUUAAUUUGUCACUAACAUCAGUUCUUAGUUUCAGUGGUAAUAUUCCAAGUGCUUCCAAUAUCUGCUACAUUUAUAACUUAGCUGCCACAUGAAUCACUGGUUUAAAGGAUAAUUAACAGAGAAUUCAGGGUCAGCAUUUUCCCCUUGAAACUAGAAUUUCUGUAUAAACACUAAAAUUUGUGAUGACAAACUGGAGGUACUGCUUAUCUGAGAGAGAGUUUUAUACACCAGUGUUUAAAUAAAUGAAUGUCUUUGUAACCAUAAAGUUCUACAGCGUAAAAGUUCUACAGCAUGCAGCUGUGAAAUAUUAAAGUCCCUUCUUUUCUGUACAUAUUUUUAGACAAAUUCUGAACUUCUUCGUCUUCAGUGGGUACACUCAAUAGGACUUGCUGCACAGGUAGUAACUGAUUAUUACAUUUUAACCCUUUUUGCCCUUAAGGGUGACAAGCAUCUAAUUUCUCCUUACCAUAUCACCCCUGAAUUACACAUUAAGGUCACAAGAAUUGGAAAUUUAAGAAAAAAAUUGUAGAGAAUAUGCAUACUCAUCUGAUGUUAGGUUGUAAAGAGUUAAAGAAUACUUCAGUCUGAGCAAUUCCAGAGGAACAAUUUUAUAAUUUUUAUUACAUCAUUGGGGGUAAUUUAUUUUUUAAAAAAUCCAUUUUGAGCUUCUUAUAUCAAAGGACAGCUGUGUUGAAUCUUGCAUUUGAUACAUUUUACAUGUUAGAGGUAAGGAGAAAUUAUUUUAGUUGCAGAAUUCUCAGUUUUCUACAUGUAGUAGAUAAAUUGAGUUGUGUUUUCCUUGUUUAACCUUUAAAAUCUUUGCAUGGUAUUUGACUUUUUGUAUUCAUCGUGGUUGUCUCUGAUUGCUCAGGGUAAGCCUCCAGUGACAUCAACAGAUUUUGAGUCAGGACCUGGUAACUCACCUACCAACAAUAACGAAUCUCCCGUAAGGAAAAUAUCAAACCAGUACACAGAAGGUAACCUUACCUUUGAUUUCACUUUUACUUCAAGGGUUUAGUUUGAUUUUUUAUUGUGUAUGCAAAAGCAGAGAAAACCUAUUAGAGUCAAUUGUGGCUUUUUUGCAAAUUUAGUAAAUACAUUUGAGAUUGUUUUCCUAUGUUUUAAUGAGUUAGAGAUGUGGUGACCCAAUGGGAAAAGGCUUAGUCUGGUCACUGUGUUGCAUUGUUGGGCCAGACAAUUAACCCUUUAAUGAGAGUACUCAAACUUAUCAAGUAGAAGUUGCUAUCUUGAUCUAACAGCAAAUUCUUGUAACUAAUUUACAAGGAAAUGUGUAGCAGCUAGAGGGGAGAACUGACAAUCAGACCUUGAGAGUUAAAGGGUUAACACUUACAAUGCAUCUCACCAGGAAGUAAAAAUGAGGGGUACGGUCCAAUCUCAAUUAUUUGACUUGUGGGAACUGUGCUGAAUAGUUGGGUUGCUGUAGAGUUUAGAAAAUUGAAAAAGAAUAUUAUUGAGCCAAAAAUAAAACCGUGUAGUAAUCAAUAUCAUGAACUAUGGCACAUUCUCAAAAUAAUUGUGCACCAUUGUUAAAAAUUUCCAAAAAGUUUUUAAAGCUAACCAACAACAUUUUACAUCAACAUAAAAUGCUGACAAAAAUCAGUUUAUUACAAGCUGUUACAGCAUGUGUAAGGAGUUUAUUCAAGAUAGUUCAACCUUUGUGGCACAUACAUUUCAUGUUGUUGGAACCUGAUCCAACUUUAAACCCAGGUUUUAAUAGCCCUUUUAGUCUCAAGAUACAAUUAAUAUUUCUCGCCAUAGAUUGCUAUACAAUUCCUUUUAGACAAGACAGGGGAAUUUGGUGUUACAACAGCAUAACACCCUCUUGCUGAUAAGCUUGCCUAUUGUGAGGAGAAGUUACAAGUUAAUCAUUUCAGAGGGGUUUAAGGAAUAAUUAAGAUGCUUUAAAAAACUGUAUGUUUUAACCCUUUAACUCCCACAAGUGACCAAGACAGAAUUUCUCCUUACAAUAUCAAUACAAUAUCAAGCAGGCAGGUGAUGAGAAUAGAGAAGAAUAUCAAUCAUGGGAUUAUUAGUUGAUCCAAUACCAAAUUCUCUGAACUAACAUCAUAAGAAUUGUAUGGCAGAUAGUAAGGAGAAUUACUAAUUAGAUCUUGGGAGUGAAAGGGUUAAUGGCAGUUAAAUCUGAAUUAGCACUGAUUGUGUUUUGAACAAUUAACAUGUGGACAGGCCAGGGCUUAUAAAUGCUGUGUGGCCAAACACUCAAAGGUACAGAUUCUGAAUAAUAUUUUGUGUUCUUUUUUAUAUACAUUGUAGUACCAAUUUUUAACAUAAGUCCAGAUGUUGUUCCUCGCGUAACGGAUGAAGAAAUGCAGAAAACAAUUUUGGGCAAAGGAAAGCACCAUUCAUUCAGCAGCCAUUGCAAAAAGCUGCUAGGAAUUAAAGAGAAGCUGAAAGACAAAACUGCUGACGCAGAGGUAAGGGAAGUCAAAGGUAUGUGAAAACAGUGGAGGAAAUAAGGGUCUCUUCAUUUUUAACCCAGAAAACCAAGUUAAUCAGGUUUCUGAGAUCUCUCCUUGCUACUCUUUACUUGAUGAAAAUAGGCCAUUUUAAAGUAAUUGUGUACUCAGUUGCUAAGCCUUUCAUUUGCAGUGAGGCUCAAGGUGACCAUGUUGUGAUAGAGACCAGUAUCUAGUUUGUAUGAUGACAAAGUAAUUUACAUUUGAAAAGCAGACUGUGUAUCACAACAAGGUCACCCAGCUUUAGCCUCACUCAUGUUUGGUCCAGGUUGCAUAGUCAUAUAGGAAAAUUGACCUUUGACUGUACUCAAAGUGAAUUAAAAAUGCAAUUAAUUCUUAAUAAUUCUCAAUUUGACACCUUUGAGUGACUAGCAUCUAAUUUCUCCUUACAAUAUCACCCUGAGUCAAACAUUAAGGUCAUGAGAAUAAAGGAAAUGAUCACCAACUGAAGAAGCUCUUGAACCCUUUGACACCUUUGAGUGACUAGCAUCUAAUUUCUCCUUACAAUAUCAUCCUUGAAUCAAACAUUAAGGUCAUGAGAAUAAAGGAAAUGAUCACCAACUGAAGAAGCUCUUGAACCCUUUGACCCCUAAGAGUGACUAGCAUCUAAUUUCUCCUUACAAUAUCACCCUGAAUCAAACAUUAAGGUCAUGAGAAUAAAGGAAAAUUAAUGAUCACUAUGCAACUAAAAUAGCUCUUGAUUAUCAAACAAAUUUUCCUUGUCAUCACCUUUGGAAAUGUAUAGGAAACAGUUUGGAGAAUAUGCAUACAGAUGUCAGGAUGUAAAGGGUUAUUACUAACUUGUGAAUUUUACGUUUUGUAAUCAGGAGCCACCUAGACCUGAAUCAUUAGGAGCAGAUGCCACUCCAGAAGCUUUUUAUGAUGAAUUUCCAGAUAACAAACCUCCGUAAGUAUAUGUUCAAUGUACAGGUUCACCCAGUUUUAUGUCCCAGAUAUAUUUUACACAUUUUCACAGCCAACACUCCUGAUCACACACUAUAGCCUUAAUUGCCAACUUCAUUAUCCUAAUGAUCGAUUUAAAUAGCUCACCAAUUUUUUUGGGCAUUCUCUCAUCUAGAUAAGUUAUGACCUUAAAAAUACUAAUCAGGAGUGUGAUCAUAAUUUUAUGGGCCUGUCAUGCUUGCUGACACUCCUAAACAAUCAUCCUUUUGAUUCUAAGAAUGGCAUUGCUUAUGCCAGCUGUUUUGACAAAUUUUAAGUAAUUUGCUGACUCUUCAAUUACUUCCACAGCUGGUUUUUUGGUAAGCUCACGAGAGAAAAAGCUGAAGAAGUCCUCCAACCUCAUCCUGAAGGGAGCUUUUUAGUGCGAGAAAGUGAAACAGUUCGUAAGCUUGGUGCAUACACCCUCUCAUUGAAGUAAGUUGCUUUUGUGUCAGCUUUGAGUCAUUUAAAUUGUUUGAAACACUGAAAAAAGCACUGUCAGAAAAUCUCAACAUUUUUAAGCUUUUCAGAAUUUAUUGUCACUGCCGUUGUUUUACCUUUAUGAACCCAGUCUAUAAGUUUUACAUGCCUAUAAGUGUAGCUGUUGCUUUAGAAACUGAUAAGUUUGCUCUAGAAUAAGUAAAUGUUACUGCAUCGUCUGUUGCCAUAAAACUUAAAAAACAAUGCUUUUCCUAUCCAUGGAAAAUCAGCAGAUAUGUAAGAAUAGUGUUAUUACACAACUAAAAAAAUUCAUUCUUGCUAAUUUUUUUAUAGACACAGAGAUAAAUUCCGACACCACAAAAUUGAAACAGUAGCUGAUGGAAACCUUGUUAUUAAAGGACAUGAGGUGAGUUUAGAGAAGUCUCGUUAGAAUUUAAGUCCAAUUUUAUAACAAGCAUAUUAAAGAGAUCCUUCAUGAAGCGGAGGGCUUAUGUGUGACAUCAGCAGCCUGCUCCUAUUGUCACUGGGAACAGCCCAUGGUGAGCAUCUUACAGCAACCCCUCAGUUCCUGUCGGAAAGGGAAAGAAGGAGUCCAUCCAUCACAGCAGUAGAGAUGGAAGGAAGGCUUAAGUCUUGAGUCUUGAUUUUCAUACAUUGAGGACAGAAUUUUUGGAGGAAAUGAUUUAAUUCUGGAAUGUAAAGCAAUCAUAUAGUAGUCUAGUAAUCAUAUCUUCCAGACGCUCAUAGACCAUUAUGCCAAUCAAAGCCAACUUCCAAGGAAAGACUCCUUGUUAUCAACUCCAUCAAGUUGGAUUAAACUGCACGUUUUCAUACUUGCAGUAUAUAGCUUAUCAUGUGUGACUUAUUUUAAGUUCUUUUUUAUCAUUACACAACCGGAUCAUUUUUGAGUUUCUUUUCAUUAAAUCUUUUUGUAGGAUAAACCUUUCCCUAAUCUUGCAACUCUUAUGAAGUACUUUACAAAAAGUCAGGAACAAGAUAUCAUCAUGAAACCAGUGAUUUGUGGUAAUUACAGUCCUGUAAUACUAUAUACAGCCUUGUAAUUAAAAUAAUAUAAAGUAUGUAAGCUGUUUCACUUACUCCAGGGGUGCUCUAUGCAUUAAUAUGCUGAAUGAAAUAUAAAUGUAGAUGUAAAGAUAGAAAGUAACUGGAGUUUCACAUGCCAAUGAUUGUGUAGUAAAUAAAACUUGAGUUUCAUGUAAGGCAACUCUCUCUCUUAAUAUUAAUGUUUACUGAUGAGUAAACAAAUUUUCAUAGAAACAAGGAAUAAUGAUAGACUUAGAAGAAACUGUGAAGCUGCUGAGUACAGCCCCUCAAAAGUUUUCAGAAUAUUAGAGAAGAGUGGCAAAAUGACUUAAUUAUCUUAAUGUAUGCCUGGUAUGUCAUUUUUUUAUUUAAGAUGGAUCAUUUAAUUAUUAGAUUUGUAUAAUUUAAUUUUUGUUCUGUAAAUAGGCAAUAGUCCAUUUUACAGUUGUGUGCUUGGUUGCCAAGCCUUUGAACAGGAAUGAGGCUAAAGGUGACCUUGUCAUGAUACAAACCUUACUGCUUUUCAAAUGCAAAUUACUUUGUUAUCAUGUUAACAAGAUACUGGUCUCUAUCACAACAAGGUCACCUUCAGCCUCACUCCAAAUCAAAGGCUUGGCAACUAAGUACACAACUGUAAAAUGGCCUAUUCAGUUUUUGAACUGCUAUGUAGUUAUGAAUUAAUAAACUUCAAACUUCAAAGAAGCAAAUGGAAGUGACACCAAUAACUAAAGAAGAUCAGAAUUAUCUACGUGAUUGGUAAAAUUGUAACUAACCAUGUAACCAUGUAUUAAUAAUGAUUGACACUAGAUAUAUUUUUUAACUUCUAGGUACAAGUAAUGAUGAUGAACAAAAUGCCAUGAAAGGUUAUGAACUAAUGGGUGGUGAGUACACUACCUUUAAAAUUUAGUUUUCAAAUUGAAAUGUAUGAAAAAAAUUGUAUCUUGCUGAUUAUUGUUCCUCGUUAAAAACAAGUCUAAUUAUUUGAGGGCUGAUUAGUGAUAACCCGAGGUUGAAUUUUAAUCCAGGUUGCUAUAUUUCUCUGUUCAAAAGUUGUUUUGGGAUAAUUUUCUUUAUUGUUCUUAGAGCAUCUAAUUAUCAAAUUGUAGACAAAAAGAAUGAAACUGAAUUUUCUUUUAAAGCUUUCAGAUCUGAAAUGAAAUUUUGCAGUAACCCUAGGUUAUCUUAACCCAGCUUUGAGCAACCAGCCCAGCUGGUGGCCCCUUUUUGAGUUUGGUUGUGACAGAAGCAUUGUUUGAGAGUGACUGUUACUUCAUUUUUCUCAGUUCACCUUUCACUCCUAAGAUCUCAAGGUUAAUUCUCCACACUGUUUGUCACUCAUUACUUACAUUCUUAGAACUGAGAAUUUGCUGGUUGAUCAAGCAAUAUCCCUAAGUUGAUAAUUUUUUCACUUCUCAUCGAUGUUUGAUGUUAUUUUUCCAAACCUAACAUGAUCACAAAUCUUAAAGAAAAAGUAUGGCAUAAAUUUGCAAUUCAAAUACUGCCAUGCCACAUGUAAACCUCUAUCUCACUGAUAUCCUUACAUUAUCUAGCAAGCAAGAACCCUAAGCAAACUUUUCAGGUAGAAGUUGUUAUCUUGAUCUAACACCAAAUUCUGGAAACUUACCUGUAAGGAGAUGUGUGGCUGCUAGAGAGGAGAAUUAAGAAUCACAUCUUGGGAGUUUAAGGGUUAAUCAGUGCAAUGCAUGUGAUUGAAUUAGUUGUCUGUAAAAACCAGGGUAUGAGGUUGGGGUGCACAUCCACAGGGUGCACUUCUUUAAAAUUAAAAAAGUUACUUGCAGAAGAUUUGCUUAUUUGUAACUGUAACUUUCCUGCACUGCACCUUUACUUACUAAUGUUAUUACUGUAUCAGCUCGGCCUGCCCCACCAGGUUGUGAAGAGGGAGCGGACCUAAAUGGGUCAGUGGAAACCAGUAAGUGCUACGUCUACAUGUGCCAAUUAUUUUUGAAAGUUUUUGAAAAACAUUAAUAUUUUGUUUCUUUAUGAUGCAUCUUAUUUUCUUUUGUUAUCCCUAGGAGGACCAGUGAAACAUUCCUAUGAAAACAUACCAAGUAAGUAAGAAUGAGUUUUUGAACAAAUCUAGAUGGUUAAAUCAAAAAUACAAGGAUAGAAUCCAGUCGUGCAACUCAUUGAACUUACUGGUCAAGAUGUAACUUAUAUUUGUAAUUUCAGUUCAUCUUUACCUAAUGAGUUUUAAUACCUCUUAUUAAACUCGUUCUUGUUCCGUGGUGAAGGUUACGGAUCGAGGUUUUUUCGCUCGGAUUUGCCCAUAAAACCGAGUGGAAAAAAACGAGGUUCCAUAACUUGCAGUACAAACCAAGAAGACGAGGUUAAUAAGAUAUUAUUUUAUCUGUGGGUUUAAAUACAGGGAGAAUAUUUUUAAUUAAAACAAAUUUUUGUAUUUAUUGAGCCGUAUAGUGAAAUACGGCCCGCUAAAUGGAUCAAUCAUGGCAUAGCUAAGAGAAAUAAGAUAAAAACAGGCUGGUCAGUUAGAAGUUGUUUUCCUGAUGUACCAUCAAAUCCUUCUUUCAAAACGAAAAGGAAAUGAUCAAGAUUUUGAAAUUUAGAGGGCAACUUUAAUAAAUAUUUUUUUAUAUCUCUUUUAAUACCCAUGUUGACCCUCGUCAAAACAAAGUUAACGAAUAGUUUUGAAGGUUUACGGUCAAUUCGCCACCACAAAACUCGCCACUACUGAGAGUCAAAUCGCCAUCAGUGGCGAUUUGACUUAAACGUUAUGUGUAGGCUGUCGUAUAAAACUUACAUCAACAGAAAGCUAUGAUGUCGUAGUAUAUUCACUCAGGUUUUGCUUUACGUAAACUGAUUAUAAUCUUCGUGAUAUUAACAAGUUUUAUUUCAUUUAACUGUUAACGUUCCAUAACUGAGAGGCGUCUCAUAACUUCUGAGUCCCUUUCCCUUUCGCAAUAUACUAUUACAUCUUAGCUUUAAUUUAAUGUGAGUUUCACGCGACAGGCUUCACAUAACGAAAAAGUCAAAUCGCCACCGGUGGUGAUUUGACUCUCAGUGGCGGCGAGUUUUGUGGUGGCGAAUUGACUGGAUACCGUUUUGAAAAGUGGCAAUCAGGGGAAACAUAGACUGAUUUUGAGACCUGUCGGCCGUCUGGAUCGAAAACCUCAGUGAAAAUUAAUGCGACUGCAGAAGAGUGCUAUACCCCUAGCGCUGAUUUUAGGUACGGUAAAAGGCGACGGAAGGAAAUCACACUGUAGUUGUGUUAUAUUUCAUCGCAAAUUAGCGCUUUAUAGUGAAAUGGAAAUAGAUUGAAUUAACAACUGCCUGUUGAGAGAGACUUUAAUUUCUUUCAUUUUAUUAUCUCUCAGGUAAGCCUCCCCUGAGAAGUCGUGUAACAUCACCUGAUCUGUUCAGGACUCAUGGGCAUGGCUAUGAGAACAUACCCAACAAAAGUACGUUGAUCAUGUUUUGUGACCGUCUGAGGUGUAGGUAAUCCUUAAAUGGAAUGUUGGCAGUUAUUAACAGUACUUACGCCCACACAGAUUUCCACUCAAUUUGUCAUAAUUUUGGACGAAAACAGUAGGAUUACUCUCACCUGGAUUAUCACAAAAGUAACAUUAACAUUGUGAAGAACAGCUCCCCUCCACUGACCAUCGGCCCAAGUGUUGGCCUACAGAUAACCAACAGGCCACGACAUGUAACUGACGGGCCACCGACAUAAAACCGACAGGCCACUGACAUAUAAUUGACAGGCUACCGACUUAUAACCAACAAGCCACCGACAUGUAACCGACAAGCCACUGACGAAUAACUGACAAGCCACCGACAUAUGACCGACAGGCCACCGACAGAUAACCGACUGGCUAGAAGCCAUUACUAGAAGUUUUAUGGUAUUUUAUGGCGAUUUACCCGAGAAUGAACGUCCAAAACAAAACUUUGACUGUACUUUUUAACAAGUUUUUUUCAGGGAGUUGUUUUUCACAAUUACCUACUCUUGCAUCCAACUGAGUACGGCCGAUCUACUUGUGGCAGAUCAAAAUGAACUUGUAGUCAACUAGCUUGAAUUGUAAUUCUCUGUCUUGGUAAUCCUUCUGACAGAUAGGAGAUGAAAAAUCAGACUAGUUUGAUUUUUUUUCCCCGAAAUUCCGUUCUUGAUGUAAAUUUUCAUCUUAUUUUUUAAGAAACGUAUUUUUGACACCUUUGAAAUUGCAGGUAGAAGUGCAACAAUCCCUGGUUAUGAGUCAAUGGAUCCAAAAGGUUUGUGCUCAACAGUGAUUUGCAAUAAUUCAUUAUCGUUAAGAAUUACCGAAUGAAACAAUUUUCAAGCGAGUGCCAAACUUAACCCUUUAUCUCACAUGAGUGACCAAGACAGAAUUUCUCCUUACAAUAUCCAUACAAUAUCAACUAGAUAAGUGAUGAGAAUAAGGACAACUAUCACUUUGGGGAUAAUUAGUUGAUCCAAUGCUAAAUUCUCUGAACUAACAUUAUAAGAGUUGUAUGGUUGACAGUAAGGAGAAUUACAAAUUUGAACUGGGAGUUAAAGGGUUAAUCCGGAAUUACAACGGUUAUGAUUUACUUUGCUCUGUGAUUGAUCUGCAAAACUCACGUCUCCCUGUUGACCAAUCAGAUGUAAACUGAAACCAAUCUCUAAUGAUCCACUCUCAAUUUAUUUCCGAGGUUCAGGCCAUCUCUAUGGAUUUAUAUUAUGCUCUCUGAAAUGUUUCUUUGUCCCAUCAGGUGCUCCUGUUAUACCUCCUAGACAACCGGUUGUAAAACACCCUGGAUAUGAGAAUAUUCCCGAGAAAGAGCCGGAACCCUUGCCUCCAAGACAGUCUACAUCCCAGGGGUACGAGAAUCUUCCCCCAAAGGAUGAGGAAGAUCCUCCAGCACUCCCACCGAGAAUUCCGUCACGUGCCCAUGGAUAUGAAAAUGUACCAACGAGAGACGAAAGAAGCUCGUCAUUGAAAUCUCUUCCAUACCAAAACAUUCGACCAGGUAUGUUCUGAUUUUUUUUUCCAACACAAGCCGCGGUUACCUCAUACAUGCGAAAAAAGCGUCGAAUUCUAUAAGGGUACGCCAAGUAGAGUGACAGGGGCUUCGCUUUUGGGAGGUUAAAAAUGCUAAGUUUUUUAUUUUUUUAUUUGGCGAAACCCACAUACGUUAGUGUAUGGAGCCCCAGAGUGUUUGCUUCGUUUAUCAGCCACUAGAGUGUCUGCUUACGAGACAGAGUCCAUUACAAUAUGAGCGCUACCAGUCUGUUUCCUUGUUGUUCACAUAAAACAAAAGACAACAACAACAGCAAAUUACACGUAACACUAAGCUAGCUAGGAAACUAUCUCCUCAAAAUGUGUCUUGCAUAUUUUACCUUGGCUUCUAUAUAACUUACUUUAAGACUGAAUCUUUCUAUGCUAUGAAAAGAGUAGUUAAUUGUUGUGGGGAAGAGCAUUUUUGGCUUACAUGAGUAAUGAAACUUUCUUCGAUCGAACCGAGACUUAACCACCCUUUAACUAGGUACAAUUUUCGUUUCGCUAGAACUACAGACCAUUUCUGACAGUACUGAUAUUACACUGGGCUACUUGCCUAACAAAAAGACAUGGCGGUUAUGUUACACUACAAUAAGUAAAGCUAAUAUCGUUACAACUUUCCUGCUUUACAUAAAGCUCCUUAGCUUUACAAUGGUAGACCUACGGACAUAAGGAAGUUUUUAUUACAAUGUUAACAGGUUUUACUGUCUUUCUUUCUUUGCUUUUGUUUAAUUUAUUCAGUGCCAUCACGUCGGCAGACCAGACAGGCCCCGCCAUUAAAUCGAGCAAAUACAGUGCCAGCUCAUAUCAUGCAGAAUACCCUUGGAAAGGGCUCCAUCUGAGGGAGACCCCGUGGGUAGACCAAGGAUGGGAGGGAGAGAAGGCGAGUCUACGGUACACUCAGCGGUGAACUGAAAAAAAAAUACUUAUAGAACUAUGUUUGGCCUGCUAGAAAAUUCAUUGGUAGACAGUGUAUCGCAACUUAAGAAUUUUCAGAGCUCGUAUGUAUCGCAAAAUAUAGAAAAGUCACUAUACUAUUUACGAAGCCCUUUAGAUGGUGACUUAAUAUUAGUUUUUCGCUCAUUAAACACUUACAAGACGAUGCCGACCAAGAUGUAAUUGAAAAUGUUUAUCGGCGACCUAGAGCAAAGAAUUCACAUUAAUGUUAUUUCACUUAAGUCAGAUUUCUUGCCUGUGGUAAAAACUGCGCUGACUUCUGUCCAAAAUUAGAAGGCACCCAGUUGCUUUCAAAGUUAACCCGUAUUCAAUGUUUACUUGUUGUUUAAUGGAGAACUAAGAAAGUUGACCUUUCCUUUUAAAAGAUAGUCAAACUGAAUUUCUUUACUGUUGAAUAUUACAGGAAAAGACUUGAAGAAGUUGCUCUCGUAAGCAAACUUUACUGUUAUUAAUCCUGGAAGGGGGUGGGGUUGUCGGUGUUUGUUCCACUGAAGGGUAAACUUUUUGCACUGUUAUUUUGUAACAUUACAAUAAAUCGAAUACCGAGUUACAGCAGUUGUAGUUUUAAACGUAUUUCAUGUGAAGUUGUUUUAUUAACUAGUUCGAUUUGUAAUCUUCUCUCUUCCAUAUGCAUAAACGAAGUCUUAUGAGAAACUAAGAGGGGAAAAAUAGCUUAAAAUCAUUGAAGCCUAAAGUUCAUUUUAAAACACAACACCAUCUAAAAAUGCCAGAGUUAUUUUGUAACUAGCUAUUUUUAGGUAACAUUUCGGAGCCUCUUUGGAAUUUUCUGCAACGGUCACCGUCACGCAAUAAACUAAUGAUCGAAUCUGUCGAUCCAACCUUAUCUUAAGUUGACGGAUUUCUUCGGAUUUGAAGCUAAUUAACGUGCAAGUGCAAUAAGAAAAUAUGGGGUGAUGGGAAGGGUUCUCUUCUUACCCAUCACACUUUGCGCCGUGUUGGCUGCUCGCGUUAUUAUGGCGACUGUAGGCGAGUAACAGAGAGAGAGGCCAGUUUCAGGUGAUAAUAACGAUCAAAUUUACCAGUGUAUAAACGCCAGAGUUAGAUUUCCUAAGGGAGACUGGAACUUAGCGUAAACAACGUUAUUUUGCUUGCAGUUAAUUCCACCGAUGUACUUACGGUGACCUUUACUUCGUAGAAAGGGCCGGGCCUCAUAAGGCGUAGGCUCCAGUCCCCGAAAAGUAGUAACAGUUUUUGGCAUUUUCUUUACUCCCAUACACAGACUUCACUUUGCCAUGUCAUACGACUAGACAAACAUAUGCCGUUGUGCCAGAUAAAUGUAACCUGAGACCGGUUGAUCCGGGUUAAAGUAAAUAGAAUGUAUAUUUCAAGAUAACGAAUAGAAAUCUCCAGAAACAUUAAAAAUACUUAUUUUUUUCAUGGUUUUUGGAAGAUGUGUUGCGUUUUCUGAUGUACUUUGGGUUGGUGAAGGGGUUUCAGGAAAAUGGUGCAUGACCUAUUUAUCUGGUCCUAGUUGUACAAAGGGUGGAUAAAGCUAUCCACGGGAUGAAACUUCAUACAGUGGAUAGCGUAGUGCGUUUUGUCAACUCUUACCCCGUUGGGUACCGAUCUAUCCGUUAGAUAGCGUUAUCCGCUCUUUGAGCAAGUAGGCCCAGUCCUUCAUUGAAUUCAGCCAUAUUUAAUCUAGAACCAUUCUACGAUUAAGCGUUCUUGGGUGGUGGUGGUGCCCACUGUGUUCCUCCCCGAAAAGAACGACUGAUCGCAAAGAAAUUCGCCGCGUGUGAAUACAAAAAGAAUGCAUAGGGGGCAAAAGAGAAAAGUUGUUACUUGAAAUUUAUAAACGAAACAGAUUUUCUACAUUGGGUUUGGCUUUCGUUUGAUAGCGAAAACUAUUGAGACACUGAUGUGUAAGAGACCUAUAUAUAAGUUAGUCUUAAAGAGUGCAUCAAGGUUACUUCCCACCUUCAGAGGCCGA